GUGGGGUUCAUCCAAAUAUCUCCACCGGUUAUCAUUGUCUAGCCCGCGCGGUACAGAACAGAAACGAAAUCGUUGCGGGGUGUUCGGCGAUCCAUACCGCUGCUUUCAGUUCGUUCAUCAGCCGGCGGUGGCCUUGAGCGUGUUGAUUGCCGUGUGAUCUAUCCUUUCCCGCCAUUUGUGUCCCCAUCGCUGCCGUCGUCCUGUCUUGUGUUUGUUUUCUGCAAGUUUUUGUGUUCCUGUAAAGCAACGCUGCGUCCAUCGGAAAACCUGAAGCUGUUCGAGCUGUUCUUCACCAGCAGCGGAAAACGAGCCGAACGUUGAACGUCAGAUAAACGCAGCUGCUGCUACCGCUUCUUUUCGGUUUCAUCGUGUAUCGUUGUUGUACGGUCAUCGUGUCUUCUCCUAGAAUAUAUCCUAAGCAACACACAGUAGAAAAGCGCCUGUACACACACACACACACACCCAACUACCACACAGAGAAUUCGUUCGAUCUAAUCAAGUGAUCGGAUCGCGCACACCGGUCACCGGCUUCGGGAGAAUCGAUAGAUAUCGAGCGAUCAUUCUGGGGCGUGAUCGAGUCCCAGCGCACCGCCAUACCACCCUACACAGACACAAACCCACACCAAGAUAUAUAGUGCACCCAAGACAAGACAUCAACACCACCCACACCACGAACGGGGUAGUCCUUCUCAACCCUUUUAGUUUUGUCCAACUUCGUGCCCGCGCGUAGUGUAUCGAUUGAUUACCAACCAACCACUACGAUGCUUCUGAGUCACAAUAAAUUCGGAAGCCUACGGCCGGCGAAACACCUGAAGGUCGACAAAAUGGAUGCGCCGGCCACGUCCGACAUCGUGAUCAUCAACGGGAACUCGCAUCCAGAUCUGGCGAACCUGAUUGCCAACCGGCUCGGUGUGGCCAACGGUGGUUGUGCCGUCUAUCACAAGACGAACCGAGAAUCGAUGGUCGAGAUCGGUGACUCGGUUAGGGGCAAGGACAUCUACAUCAUUCAAACGGGCACAAAGGAUGUGAACAACAACAUCAUGGAGCUACUGAUCAUGGCGUACGCGUGCAAAACCUCAUCGGCCAAGUCGAUCGUCGGUGUCAUACCGUACCUGCCGUACUCGAAGCAGUGCAAGAUGCGCAAGCGCGGCUGCAUUGUCUCGAAGCUGCUGGCGAAGAUGAUGUGCACGUCCGGGCUAUCGCACAUCAUCACGAUGGAUCUGCACCAGAAGGAGAUACAGGGCUUCUUCGACUGCCCGGUCGAUAAUCUGCGCGCCUCACCGUUCCUGCUGCAGUAUAUUCAGGAGAGCAUCCCCGAUUACCGCAACUCGGUGAUCGUGGCCCGCAACCCUGGUUCGGCAAAGAAGGCAACGUCGUACGCGGAGCGGCUACGCCUGGGCAUCGCCGUGAUACACGGCGAACAGAAGGAGUCAGAGGCGGACGAGGUGGACGGGCGCAACUCACCGCCUACUCUGCCCAAAUCGCGCACGAUGGACGUAUCCGGAGGCGUGCCAAUUCAUCCGGCAAAGGAAAAGCCCCCAAUAAACGUGGUCGGCGAUGUGGGCGGGCGGAUCGCGAUUAUGGUCGACGAUAUGAUCGACGACGUGCAGUCGUUCGUGGCCGCCGCUGAAGUACUCAAAGACCGGGGCGCGUACAAGAUCUACGUCCUAGCGACGCACGGGCUGCUCAGCCAGGAUGCGCCACGCCUGAUCGAGGACUCGGCAAUCGAUGUGGUUGUGGUGACCAACACCAUCCCGCAUGAGAUUCAGAAGAUGCAAUGUCACAAAAUCAAAACGAUCGACAUCAGUAUUCUGUUGGCCGAGGCGAUCCGGCGCAUCCACAACAAGGAAUCGAUGUCCUAUCUCUUCAAAAACGUUACCCUUGAGGACUGAGCAGCAACAAAGUCACUGCGGUGUGGGCCUAGGGGUCGCGACAGAAUUGUAAAGAGAGUAGGGACAGGAAUCCACAUGGUUUGCUGAAUUUGUUGUGCACAUGAAGAUGUGGAAGGAAAUCGAAAGGGUUGAUCUUACUAAUGAGGAGGGGCUAGGAAUCUACCAGUAAAUGGCAAACAGUAACAGUAUCUGCGCCGUAAUAGUUAUAGUAUUCGGAGACAUAUUCUUUGAGCACCGCACCACAUUUUACAUCUACUAUAUCGUUAUCGUUUCUUAGUGUACCGUACUGUCUAAAUUUGCAAUUGUUUUAAUUUGGGUUUCAAAUGCACAGCAUGUUAGAAUAAUCGAAACGGAACGGGGUGGGGGAAAAAAAUAAGCUAGUUUUGCCAGUUCCUGCUAAAAACUAAAAAGCCUUAGCUAAAGUAUUCACGUUCAUUCUCAUUCAAUCGUCAGGACCAUGUACAGCUAGCCAAUGCCCAUUUUAGUAACAGUGGCACACUGAUUGUGCUUGGUUGAUUUUAGUUACGGUUCGAAGCCAACCAACCCACCCGCCCGCGAUGCGCCUACACCGAGCGAUGAGUGUGUGAAUGUUUGUUUCGACAACCGGGGGGGGAAAACAAAAAUAUAUCGAAAAGACGGCCAAAUAAAUGUCUCCUCUCAGCGGA